ACUCAUUGUGUUUUUGUCUUCCAUUCUGAAGUUACUUCUCUACUUGGUCUUGUUUAUUACCUCAGGGUUGUUUCCUGGAUGAGGAGCGGCCCGUGUGUUUUAGAUUGUCAGGGUUACAGUCACGUACGCCUACGCACGCUGUGCACUCUUCACAUGUGUGAGACAACUACAAAGGCAAAGGAAGCAUGGAGUCUCAGAUUUUAAGGGAAAUUAAAGAUGUUCCGAUGGGAAGUGUAGUUUGACGGAUGCUCGAUAUGUUGGAGAAAAGGCUACUGUCCAAGGUGGAUUUUAGGGACAUUCUCAACUGGUAUCUCCUACUAAAGCACAAGGUACUGUACCUGUAGCACUUUUUCAUGGCCCCUCUGACAAUCACACGGCAGCCUGGUGUGGCCAGAGACACACAGGCAAAGAAGAGGAGGGUGGUUCUCCCAAAUUGGAUUUAUGAUGAAGAAGCUGAACGACUGCAGAAGAAGUACAGCGGAAAUACGAUCAGGACCACCAAGUACACUUUUCUCUCCUUCAUCCCCAGAAACCUGUUUGAGCAGCUUCACCGCUUUGCCAAUGUCUACUUCCUUCUUUUGGCUGCACUAAAUUUUGUGCCAAUUGUGAACGCAUUCCAGCCAGAGAUUGCGUUCAUACCUGUUGUUGCAAUGAUGUCCGUCACAGCCGUGAAAGACCUAUGGGAAGAUCAGCGGCGGCGGAAAUCUGACCGACGUGUCAACAAUCUGCUGUGUGAUGUACAUGACAGGAAGCAGUGGCAGUAUGUGGAGCGGAGAUGGGCUGAAGUCUGUGUGGGAGAUGUGGUGCGUUUGUGUUGUAACGAGAUCAUUCCUGCUGACAUGGUGCUGCUUCACUCGUCUGACCCAAACGGAGUGUGUCACAUAGAGACCGCCAACCUGGACGGAGAAACCAACCUCAAACAAAGGCAGGUGGUCCGAAACAUCUCUCAGCAGGGAGUUGAAUUUACUCCUGAGAAUUUCAACAGUCGCAUUGAAUGUGAAAACCCCAACAAUGACCUGAGACGGUUUAGAGGCUACAUGGAGCACCCCAACAAAGGACGUGUUGGAUUACACAGUGAAAACCUUCUCCUGAGAAGCUGCACAGUGAGAAACACAGAGACUGUGAUUGGCAUUGUAGUCUAUGCAGGUCAUGAGACAAAGGCAAUGCAGAAUAACAGCGGGCCACGCUAUAAGCGUAGUAAACUGGAGCGCCGACUCAACAUAGAUAUUCUGUGGAGUGUGGUUAUACUACUGCUUAUGUGCUUUGUUGGUGCUGUGGGCCAUGGUGUGUGGCUGAGUGGCCUGAAGGAUGCGGUCUUCAUGAUCCCAGACAACACACACCCUGCCCUGGCUGGCUUCUACAUGUUCUGGACUAUGAUUAUUGUCCUGCAGGUGCUCAUCCCCGUCGCUCUGUAUGUGUCUAUUGAAAUAGUGAAGCUGGGGCAGAUCUACUUUAUCCAGAAUGAUCUGGAUCUGUAUAAUGCCAGGCUGGAUUCUGGCGUGCAGUGCCGGGCGCUGAAUAUCACUGAGGAUCUGGGUCAGAUCCAGUAUGUCUUCUCUGACAAAACCGGAACGCUGACGGAGAACCGCAUGCUGUUCCGCAGGUGCACCGUGGCUGGCACAGAGUACCCUCAUCACGAGAACGUACGUGCUAUGGAGCAGUAUGAGGCUGGCAGGCCUCCUGAACACACACUCGGGGUGUGCUCUCACUCCAGUAGGCGGUCCCUCAGCUCUAACCGCAGUUCUGUGUCCCUCAACACACUCGCCGCCACGCCCGACGCACACUCGCCUCCCAAUGCGCUCCGCAGACAUACGGCUGGGGCUUUCAGCAGCGCCAUGGAGUGUGCAGUAGUUCCUGAUCUACACCUGCAGGAGAAGCUGAGAGCCCUUUCCUCCACCCCCUCUCCUCUUUCACGCCAUAACCCGGCAGAGCUUUUCAACAUCCUGGACUUUGUGCUCGCUCUGGCGGCCUGCAACACCGUGGUGGUGUCCUCCCCCAGCCAGCCCCGUCACAUGGUGCAGAUGCCAAUGGCCCGCACUCCACUACGCUCUCUGGAGGACAUGAAGGCCCUGCUGCAGAAGCUCAGCCUCCCCCGCUUCUCCGUGAGCUCCUCCCAGGCUGCGGACAGCCCCCCCAGUUUAACCAGGAGGCUGUUCUCUCGUGGCCGCUCAGCCGUCUACACACCAAACGCCCAUCCGUACGCCCCCGGGCAGUGCCACGCCCAGCCAUACCCCCUCACCGGCUCCACCCCCGUACUGUCAGGCAGCGGAGGCUGGGGGAAGGGUGACGCACGAAUGAAGCCGCAGCCUCGCGUAAAGGUGGAAGAUGAUGAUGAGGACAUUGGUGGUGGAGACUACAGCGAAGACGAGGAGGAGAAAGAGGAGGAGAAGGACCUGCUGUACGAGGCGGAGAGCCCAGACGAGGCGGCACUAGUGCAGGCUGCACGCGCCUACGGCUGCACCCUGCUGGGCCGCUCCCGUGAGCAGCUGCUGGUGAAGCUGCCGGGCGCUGGGCCUCUCUCCAUACCACUGCUCCACCUGCUGCCUUUCCACUCCGCCCGCAAGAGGAUGUCCGUGGUGAUCCGGCACCCGCUCACGGGCCAGGUGGUUGUCUACACCAAGGGGGCUGAUAACGUCAUCAUGGACCUAAUACAGCCCUCGGCUGAUGGCUGCUGCACUCGAGAGAUCAUGAAGCAAACCCAGCAGCACCUGGACGACUACGCCAGAGAGGGCCUGCGUACACUUUGCAUUGCUAAACGAGUGCUGGAGGAGGAGGAGUAUGAGGCGUGGCUUAAGAGGCAUACUUUUGCUGAAACCAGUAUUGAAAACAGAGAGGAACUUCUGCUCGAGUCAGCCCAGAGAUUGGAAAGUAACCUCACACUACUGGGGGCGACAGGUAUAGUGGGGUUGCAAGAUGAUGUUCCAGAGACUGUUGAAGCUUUACAGAAGGCAGGGAUCAAAGUAUGGGUUCUCACGGGGGACAAACAGGAGACAGCUAUUAACAUCGCUUGUGCUUGCAAACUCCUCCAACCUACUGACCACUUACUGACUGCCAACUGUGACAGCAAGGAAGCGUGUGAAUCCCGGCUCUUUGAACUCCAGCAGGAGGUCAGAGCUGCUGCAGAGAGGGGCAUGGUCAGAUCUGAAGACAGUCCUGAUGUAACUGGCUUCACCCUGGUGAUCGACGGCCACACAUUAGACUUUGCUCUGAAGGAGGAGUUACAGAAGGUGUUCCUAGAUCUGACAGGCCACUGCAGAUCAGUCAUAUGCUGCAGAUCCACCCCCUUACAAAAGAGCCAAGUGGUUCGGCUCGUUGGGGACUCUCUCAGGGUCAUGACUCUUGCCAUAGGUGACGGAGCAAAUGAUGUCAGUAUGAUUCAGGUGGCAGAUGUGGGCGUCGGCAUCUCGGGCCAGGAAGGCAUGCAGGCAGUCAUGUCCAGUGACUUUGCCAUCUCCAGAUUUAAACACCUCAGGAAACUGCUGUUAGUUCAUGGUCAUUGGUGCUACACACGACUGGCUAACAUGAUCCUGUACUUCUUUUACAAGAACGUUAUGUACGUGAACCUGCUGUUUUGGUUCCAGUUCUUCUGUGGCUUUUCAGGCAGCACCAUGAGCAACUCAUGGGUGCUGAUCUUCUUUAACCUGCUGUUUACAUCCGCUCCACCGCUGCUCUAUGGCGUGCUGGAUAAGGACGUGUGUGUUGAAGCACUCCUGUGCUGGCCUCAGCUCUACCGGGCAGGACAGAACUCCCAGGCCUACCUCCCAUCCACAUUCUGGCUGACUAUGCUGGAUGCUUUUUACCAGAGCCUGGUCUGCUUUUUCAUUCCAUACUUUACAUAUGCUGGCUCGGACAUUGGGCUCUUCUCUUUUGGUUCUCCAAUCAAUAGCUCAGCACUCCUCAUCAUCCUCUUUCAUCAGGUCAUAGAGAGUCGUACACUGACAUGGCUACAUGUAGCGGUGUUAGGCAGUGCUUUGUUCUACUACAUCUUUUGCCUUGCGUUCAGUGUCACAUGUGUGACAUGUAACUCUCCCACAAACCCCCUUGGCAUUGAGAGCAGACUCAUGUCUGAACCGCUUUACUACUGUGUGUGUGGAAUAACCGUGGUGGUAGCAUUACUACCCAGGGUGUUGUAUCGUGUUCUCUUUAACUCCAUCUGUCCCUCUGACUUGGUGAGGGCUCAGAUACUGGAGAGGUCCUCCCCUGAGUAUUGGCCCAAAAUCCACAGGUGGAAAAAGAACAAACCUGCCAUGCAAAAGCAAAACUCCAUGCACGUCUCUAAGUGCUUCAGUGUGAAUGCUGAUGGGACCCACUCUGUGGCCAGCACAUCACAAACGGGCUCCAUUUUUUCCUGACCAGUGUGAUCACAGGUGGGAUCACUGGGGAGGUACUUGCCUGAACCUGUCAACUUUCAAGUGGACUCCUUUGCUCUUAUUAAUGAUAGUGUUCAUUUCCAACACCAAUGUGCCUUCCUGCUUACUGCUUACUUAGCUUGACCAGCUGUCUAUCUGUUCUCCACUUGCACCAGAGCAUUGCCUUAAAGACGACAACCUGCCUCUGUAGGCUGCUUUAAGUAACCCACUCAUACUUUGGAGGCAGAACGAACUUGUGUGGGCAUGUUGAGGACAGUGUCCAUGUGGUCUCUGGGCCUGUAUUUUGAGGUUCAUUCAAUACAAGAAGUUUGGACCAGUUAGCUGCUCAUAGGUCACAAAUGUUACGUUGUAUCUGACCACACAAAAAUGCAUAUUACACAAGACCCGUAAUACGAGACACACGGGGUUUUUUGUGCACUCUCAUAUAUACCAUAAGCCUAGACAUACCUGUGUGGACGCAAGUUUGAAAUGCAAACGGAAAUAGUAUAAUGUCAGAAGGCUGAAUUGGACUGUUGAUUGACUGAAGUGUUGCUUUUUGUAACCAACAUUAAUAGUCUGGUGCAAACCAGGGAUUCUACACUGUGGUAUGAAAAAAUGUAAGAUACUGUGUGUGCGCGUGUGUGUGUGCGCGUUUAUAUGCAAGGAAACAAAAUUAGCAACCGAGUCAUAACCUCUGUCCAUUUAAAAAGUAUUUUUGCUAUCAACAGAAAAUAGGGGGGAAAAAAAAGGUUUUUUUAUCUUUUACUGAAGACCUCAGCUGGAAAAGUUGUACAAGAAUGUGAGUUUGGCAAAGGCACAAUCAUAAUUGACUUAAGUCCUUACUGUUUGGUAUUAUCACAAAAAGCAAUCGCAUGGUGCAGACAUAUCUCAUUUGUGCAUUCACUCAUAUCAGGUCAUGAACUGUUGUAAGAAAAACAUCAACAAAAUUGCAUUAGAAAAUAUCAGUACACCACUGAUUUAUUUAUUUAUUAUGCACAUAGCAAUAGUAGCAGCAUACAAUUUCAAAUAAACUAGACUCCUGUGG